GGAAUGCAGACUUACAGGUAAGUAAUAGGUGUGGACUUAGUUUGUGUGCACAACAGCUGUGGGUGUUAAAGGUGUAACCAUAGAGCACGAGAGGGAGGGGUGAAAUGGAGGUACAGCCAGAGGGAGAGUCAGAGGGUGGAACUGACAGUGGGGGCGAGGCUGUCAGGGAGAGGCAAAUGAAGGAGUAAGCAAGAUUGUGCCUGCAAACAGAUUCCCUCUCAGUCUACAGCUGACGUUAAAAAGAAGGCAUGGUUGCAGACAAGCCGGAGUGAAGAAAAAACAAGCCUUCAUCAGCCAUCCUCGGCCACCUUUUUUUUCCAUCUGUACGCGGAGGGCACUGGAUAAUUCAGAAGGCUCUCCCUCUCCCUCGGCGUGUUUGUGAGACUGAGGGGGAUUUGCUGAGCUCACCACCGUCAUGCUGUGUCCUGCUGCUGCCAGUGCAGCUGCUGCUGCUGCGGCGGCUGUCUGGCUGCUGGCAGUGCUGGGCCCGGGCCUGUCUCUUCCAGCUGAGCUGGACUCAGAGCCGGGCUUCAGCCUCUGCAGCGACUGCUUCUACAGACACACGCCUCCUCAGGCCGCCUCCGCAGGGCCGCCGCUGCGCCCACGCUGCCACAGACUGCCCGGUGGACAGGCGUUUGCCACUCUGGCCAGACCCAACUGUGACACAGCUGUCUACUCUGCCUUCCAUCUCAGUCACGGAUGGAGAGAGAGGGAGGAAGAGGAGGGGGAAGAGUAUGUGGCAGAGGAAGGUGGGGACGGAGUUAAAGUAGCGGUCCCAGCUCUUCUCAGAGGAAGCAGGGAUCCAUCUCAUCCUGUGCCGCCCACAGAUUCCCCUCUUCAUCACUGGGACUCAGCAGUCACAGCACUGGUGAAGUCAAGCUUCAUUCCCCAGUGCAGCACCUUAGGGGGCGAUAUCUACAUCCUGACGGGGGAGGGAGGUCUGGCGCCAGUUGGGGAUGGAGAUGAAUCUUGUCAGACGACACCUCUGUGGGCUGCAGCGUGUUGCGCUCCUCCGGACGGGAGGGGUGGCUUCAGCAUGGGGUUAAUCAACGUGACAGGGGAGGGGAAGAGGCAAGUGAGCAUGCAGGAGCUGGAGGAGAUGCUGGGGGCAUUACAGCUGUUCUCUGAGGGCUGUGGAGGAGGAAAAGACGAGACAGCUGCUCUCAGAGAGGCUCUUCACGGUGAGGGGCUCCCUGGAAGUUCUGAAAAAUCUGAGCCUGCCGAUCCUGCAGACGCGGCAUCAGAAAGCAUUGCUCCCGAUGCCCAUGAGGCCGUAACGGGCAGUGGAAAGGAGGCAACAGGUUCUGAACACGCAGCUGAUGUCGAUGCUCAAUCAGAGGAACCUGAUGUUUCCGAGCUUACACGAGAAACGGAGGCAGAUACUGUGACUUCACAGAGCGGCAGCAAAAACCAGCAUGAUCAAUCAGAAAGUGUUCAAGAAGAGGCAGAUGCAAAUUCCACCAGCACUCUGUUCUGCAUCCUGUCCACCACUGUGUCCAUCCUCAAAGCUCCUUUGCGUCCUUUGUUCUCAACCAUCACGCAGUUACCUGAACAGGUGACCUACGUGCUUCAGGAGGAUCUUGGAGUUCUCUCCGCCCUGCCCGGAGACACGGUCAACCUGUUCCACCUCCUCACCUCUGACCUCCUGUCCUGGGUGGGCUCGGCAGCAGAGAUGCUGCUCGGUGUCGGUGGGACCUGCUUCUCCAGCAUUUACUACUGCUCCUCCUCAAUGUUCGGCGCCCUGCUCAACAGCUGCUGUACCGGAUUCACAGGCAUGGGAACCCUGGCAGGGGACACGAUGGGAGUAUUUCGAGAUGCAGUGGAUAACGUUUGGUGGGUGACGAAGCUAUUUGGAGGGCGGAUGUAUGAGCAGAGUGAGGGUUAUGUGGAAACUGUGAUGUAUGAGAUGUGUGGUCAAGCUCAAGCUGUAGGUGGAGGUUUUGGGAGGCUGGCGUGGAGAGGUGCAAAUGGAGUGGGCAAUGCUUUCAGGGUUUCAGGGGGGUUAAUAUUCGGAGUGGUGGACAUGGUCAUUGAAACAGUCAGAGAAGCUUUUGGGGGCGGGAGUCAGAGUGAAGGAUGAAUAAACUAUAUUUGUCUACCUUUGUUUUGUGAAUUUCUUUAGCACUUGGGAGUCUGAAAAAUGAACAAAUGUUUGAAGAUGUUAUUUGAUAUGCCUUUGCUGUUAAAGAAGGACUUCCAGAUAUUUUUAUCCCGCUGUAGUAAAUUUCAAAUGUUGCACACUGGAAUUCUUACAGUUCACUGUGGAAAGCUUUUUUCUCAAAUGAUCUGCUGUACUUGAGGGCUGUGAUUAUAAUGAGAAAACACACUGUGCUCACACAAUUUUGGAUGUAGCUGCAGGAAACCUGUGUGAUAAUUGCCACGUCUUUGCAUUCAAAAUAAAGAAAAGGCUGGCU